GCCCCCCUCGGCCAUGGCCCGCGCCAGGCGCCCCCGGGUCCCCGGGCUGCUGCCUCUGCUCCUGCUGCUGCCUCUGUGCGCACGGGCAGCAGAGCCAGUGGACGUGCUGAAGGCACUGCAGUUCCAGGCCCAGCCGGAUGGUGUGCGGAAGACGAUGGGGUUCUGCCCCGCCAGGCGGGCAGGGAUGGGGCCGGAUGUGGCCUACAGGAUAUCACGUCAAGCACAGAUCAGCGCCCCCACCAGGCAGCUCUUCCCAGGGAAGUUCCCGGAGGAUUUCUCCAUCAUGGCCCUGGUGAAGGCCAAGGCCGGGAGCCAGGCGUUCCUGCUCUCCGUGUACGACCAGCACGGCACCCAGCAGCUGGGCGUGGAGCUGGGGCGCUCGCCCGUCUUCCUCUACCAGGACCAGAGCGGCCGGCCCGCCCCCGAGGACUACCCGCUCUUCCGGGGCAUCAGCCUCGCUGACGGCAAGUGGCACCGGCUGGCGUUGAGCGUGCGCAAGCAGUCGGUGACGCUGAUCCUGGACUGUAAGAAGAAGGUGACGCGGCCGCUGCCCCGGGGCCCCCGCCCGGUGAUCGACACCCGCGGCAUCACUGUCUUUGGCACCCGCAUCCUCGACGAGGAGGUCUUCCAGGGUGACAUCCAGCAGCUGCUCAUCGCCCCAAACCCGCAGGCAGCCUACGACUACUGUGAGCACUACAGCCCUGACUGCCACGCCCAGCCCCAUGCUCCCCAGGCACAGGAGGCGCAGCGGAGACCUGCCAGGCCCGAGGUGAGGGACGUGGGGCAGACCGAGCAGUACUUUGAUGAAAUGGAGUACUAUGAGUACCCCGACUCUCACGGGAAUAAGGAGGAUGGGAGCGCACCCCUCCCCACGCUUUCGGGGGGCAAAGUGGAGCAGGUCCCCAAGGUGGAGAGGCUCCGGGGCGACCCCUGGAGAUUUGGGGUGCUCUGA